UGGAUCCCGUCAUCCAGCCCGACCGUGGAUCAUGACUCCCCCUCAACAUCAGCCUUAUAAGCAUUCACCUACCGCCGACUACCGUAUUCCAUUUUGAGAUAGCCUUGAUAUGCACAUGAAUUCUCAGGCGUCCACUUGACUACCCACGCUGUUCGAUAGUUAGUAUCUUCAAUCCCGAUAGGAUCGCAGAGCAUAUCCGUCAUGUGGGGGCCUGCAAAUGGAGAGCAAUCGCAGUUCGAAUGGAUCGUCGACGGCGUCGCUGGCAAUAACUAUGACAAGGAAACCCGUCAUCGGAUACGAAAGCAGGCGAUGAAAAAUGUUGCAGCUGAGCGAAAACGACGUGGAAAUUAUGGAAAACUCAAUCUGCGUCAAGCUCCCAUCUUUAUGGAUCAGUUGGAUGAGGAGCUUGACAGGAUGCUGUUAGCAUCAAAUCAGACCGACGACGAUAAUUCGAGCCUACAGCCUCUAUCUCCCGCAUAUUUUAUGCCAUCCAACGAGGAGAUGAAGAAAAUGAAUAUGGUUACGCGCACAGAACAGGCCAUGCAAUUCAUAGCACCCCCCCUUUCCGCUAUCGAGCAAUUGCGGAGCCAGUACGGCAUCGACGUCCUUGACUUAUCUUCUCUCAUCAACCGGAUCCAUAUCGGCCAAGCAGCUCAGCACAUUCUUGCGCAUAAUCCUAGCCGUCUCGCGGGGCUGCUGCGCCGGCGGCAGAAAUCGUUUAUGUGCUAUCUAGCUGGUCGCUAUGGCCGGGGUUCUUGUCUGGAUGACGCGGUGGAGUGUCUUGCCAUCAAAGCACAGCACAUCCUCUGCCCAACUAGCCCGGCUCCCAGGACUGUUGUUUUGGCCAAGUACGGAAAGGCGUUAAAGAGUCUUCAGAUGGCGGUUGAUGACCCGGAAAUUUGGUCCAGUCCUGAUGUGCUCUGCGCUACUGAGAUUCUGAGUCUGUUCGAGGUUCUCGACACAUCUCAGGGACAGGCGUGGUCGCAGGAUCAGGCGUGGUCGCAGCACGUCGCCGGCUUUGGUCGGCUGAUACAGAUGAGGGGCCCUUCUAGGUUCAAGACAGAUUUUGAAAAAGCCCUCCUCAUCUCCGCUGCCGCUCCAAUCGUCUGCGAAGCCUUGCGCACAAACGAAGCAUGCUUCCUAGAAGCCGAAGAAUGGCGCGUCGUCUUCGAGUCCGCCGUUGUACCCGAAGAUAUCUUCACUUUCCGCAGCCCGAUGUGCAUCGUCCUCUGGCACCUUGUCUUCCGUAUGCCCGGCCUAUUUCGGGACGUCUCCCACGCUGUCUGCCACCUCGAUUCCGCCUCCUCCUCCUCGGGCACUGAGCUCGAGUGCCUCUCGGCCCGCCUUCGACAAUGGCGGAAAGACCUCAUGAAAUGGCGGAACGCUUUUCUAUCCCUCCUCGCCACAUCGCCCCCUCCUCCUGACGGCGGAGACUACUCUGAAGUUCCCGAUAACCGCUCCGAACUACUCGGCACGGUGCUUACACUGCUGAUUAUUAGCUGUAGACUCUCGGGCGCCAUGUCGACGACGAGGAGCAGGGAGAUGUUGGAGGAGGAGGCGCAGAUGUAUGCAUUUGAACUGAGAAAGCUGAAUGAGGAUGUGGCGCUGGCAAAACCUUGGGCGGGAUUCUAUCUAGACCAGAAGACGUAUGUUGCCGAAGCGACGCUGGGAACGGCGGCUGUUUGGAUGGAGCCGGGGGAGAGUGGGAAGGGGGUUGUUGAAAAAUGGCGGUUUGAGGCAUGGUGUAGGGCGAUACCGAGGCAGACUUGUUGCGGGGAGAUGGAUGAGGUGACGUGGAUGAGACUGGGACUGAAAAAUCCUUGGUGACACUAACCUUGGUCGUUUGGUAACACCAGGGUAUAAGGACACUUUGCUGCUCACCUGCUUAGUCAUGCGCUUAGUCACGCUAGAAUUGGAAUCGGCUACCUGUAAUUAUACAAUUUGUAAAAAAACGUCAUUCGAAUCACGCAAGCCAACUGGCUAUACGAUGUCACAUAAGCCAUUCGCUGCUGCUGAGUCCGAUUUUAUAAGUGCUGAGCGACAGAAGAGCC